AUUCACUUUACAGUCCCUCUCAUAUUGUGGUAUCAAGUACUAACAGCAUAGUGGGAGAGAGACACAUGAGACGAUUGCCAUGUAAUAUGCCAAGUGUGAUGAUGAAGGUAUGCAGAGUUCCAUGGGAACACAGGGGGCGGGGCAUUUGUGGAAUGCCUUCAGAUAAUCAGUCCUCUUAAUUAAGUUCACGCUGAACUGUUCUGACCUCUCUCCUUCUGUCUGUGGAGGAUAUGUCAUCCAUCCUCUUGAGAAAGGCUAAAUGUCUCCAUGUUUUUGGACCCUCUCUCCUCUGACUUUAUCAUAUUCUUUCCUUCAUUUAUGCAUGUGUGCAGAUACACAUACUCUAUAUUUAAUCUCUUCUGGUCCUUUCAGAAAGACAUAAAAAAUAUGAGGGUGGGAGUUUGAAAGGGAGGAGAAAAAGGGAGGACUUGUGGCCUUCUAGCUUGAGCAGCUGUUUGAUAGUGUUAUUUUUGAAAUGUUUAAGGUGCAGUGGGGUGGUUGGAUGGAUUUUAAGGGGAAAAUUCGAUAACUGAGUAGAAAUAUCAAAUAGGGAUUUUUAUUUAGCAGUCUAGAAAUUUGAAGAGAAGGAUGUGCAAGAGAUAUGUAUUGAGAGUUCACAAAUGUAAAUAAUAUUUGGAAUCAUGAGAUUCAGUCAGAUCACUCAGGGAGAGACAACAUAGGAUAAAGAGGAAUUGGCCCUGAGGAACCCCAAUAUUAAUAGUCAAGAGAAGAAGAAAAUGCUGGAAAAAAAAACUGAGGAAGCAGUCUAAGAAGUGAGAAGAAAUGUUAAGACUGUGGUUUCACUGUCACUUUCUCAAGAAGGAGGAAGUGGUCAUCUGAAUUGCAUGUAGCAGAAAAGAUAAAUUGGGUAAGGAUAGAAGAGUGUCCAUUGGUCUUGGCACAUGGCGAUCAUUGCUAGGUGUAGAUGACCAAUUGGAAUAUCAGUUAGACAAAGGAUCAGAGUAAAUAAUUCCCAGAAAAUAAAAUACAUAUGGAAAAUAAGAAAAUGUUCAGCAUUCUUGCUAAUUGAAGAAAUGGAAGCUAUAAUAAUCUUGGUGUUAAUUUUUACUUAUAAAACUAGCAGAGCCUUUAAAAAAUGAGCACAUCCAGUAUUAACCUCAGGGAUAUCAAACAGGUGCACUCAAAAAUUAUUGGUGGAAAUAUUAAUUGGCAGCUUAAUAUUAAUUGACAUUACUUAAGCAACAGAAUGUUUAGAAAUAAACACAUUUUUGCACUUAAGCCAUCUGGAGUUUGAAUUCUAAGAUUUGGUUAAAAUAUGUACCCUCUAAUCUUGUUUAGAGAACUUUCUCUAAUAGUUUAAAACUCAACUUCAUUUCACAUCUGUCUUAAAUGUUUUGGAUUAACUCUUAACAGUCAAUUUCCCAUGUGUUACAUUUUCCCCUUUGUUCAGGAAGAUAGUAAAAAUAUGUCGGGGUUUUUUUUUUUUUUUAAUUGUUUCUGUUUUGGGGAAGUAGAUUUUUUGAGUUAAAAUAAUUUUCAUACUUGGUUUUACAAGACUCAGUGCAUAUUUACUUUAAGGUAAAUCUAUUUUAGCUUAUCAAUUUCUGCAUGUGGUUAUACAAAAUAUUUCUUUUUAUGCUUUAGAUGGCAAGAUUAUUUUAUCAUAAACCCCAGUUUGCCAUUUUGGAUGAAUGCACAAGUGCAGUUAGUGUGGAUGUGGAAGGCUACAUUUAUAGUCAUUGUCGAAAGGUCGGCAUCACCCUCUUCACUGUGUCACAUAGAAAGUCUCUUUGGAAACACCAUGAGUACUACCUGCAUAUGGAUGGCAGAGGCAAUUAUGAAUUCAAACAGAUAACAGAAGAUACGGUUGAGUUUGGCUCUUAGAAUCCGGAGAGCUGUACUGCUUCAAUGAAAUCAUUACAGAACACACUUAGAAAUAUACAGUACAUUGUAAAAUAAAGUUGGGCUUGUUUUUUUUUUAAACAAAACAACAAAUUAAUUAGAUAUGAAAUAAUUGAGAACAAGUUGUUAAACCAUUUAUUAUAUAGGAUCUUGCUAAUUGUGUAUAUGUUGGUUUAAUUAUUAAUAUGUACUAAGAAUGUCCUUAUUCUUGUGGUUAAAAACCUGCCUAAAUUAAAUUGGGCUUAAAUCAGUGUAACCUGAUUCAUCCUGGGAUGUAAACCAUUUGAAGUCAGCUAAUUUGACUUUUAUGGCUCUAUCUUUUCCUUCAAUGAAGAACCCUAUUUAAAACUGGGGUCAUCAUUUAUCCUGUUCUAACAAGAUAGUCUUGAGUUUCAUUUUCUUGUGCUCCAUGAUAGUGGGAAACAAAUCAUAGUAUAUUAUCAAAAUGUACACCACCAAUGCAUCAUGGCAUUUAUUACCCAGUGGCAGAUUUCAGUAGCUGCCACUGUUAGACUCAUUCCUUGUGUAGAUCUUGGGGUACGUUUGACUCCAGGAAAGCCAUUUGAAUUUAUUUUGGCUAAAUAAUAAAUGUGCCCCUCUCAGUCUGCAGUAUUGAGUUGUUUUGAGGGUUCUUUGUGGGUAUAUAACAGAAGUUUAUGUGCAGUCUUGCUUACAAGGGGGCGGUUACUAUGCUUCACAUCUAAUCUUCCCAAUGUUUGGGAUAUUAAAACAUAAAGUCCUUAUAUGUCAAGCUCAAGGUCUUUAAUGAGAGUUUUGGAUUUUUUAAAAGAAUUGAAUGGAUCUGUGUAUGUUAGCAGCCCAUUCAUUGGAAGUACGGUGGUUACAUGGUGUUAAACUCCCAGUGAGCCACAGGAAUGCACUACAUGAACUAAUGCACUGAGUAUGCAAUGUUAUCACUGUCUUUGACUGUGACUUUAUGUUUAAAAAAAUAUGUUAUAAUUACGCACAUGGGUGAAUUAUGUUUCCUAGGCACUGGUUUAUCUCUGUGAAUCUUGAAUAACUUUUUUAUAUUUGGGUUAUUAUGUUGAACUAUCCUAAGAUAAAUUGAUUUCACCUCACCAAGCCACCAUUAAUGACUUACAUGUGUUAUUUGCACAGGGAAAACUGAAACUGAAUUUUAUCAAUAAGCUAGAUAUGAAAUCAGUUUUAUCAGACUAGGGUUCAGAAAUGGGCAUUUUAUACUCUUGUUUCUGUAUACCUGAGUUUUGGGUUUUUUUGCAGAAUUAACUAUAAGAAUCACCGGCUACCAAAGUAAAACUUGAUGUACUGAUUCCAUAAUACGUAACAUUCAGUUUUUACCACUCUCUUUGGCAAACUUGUCUACUUACUUAUUUUUUGUUCAGAUUAAAAAGAAUCAGAUAUCCUGUACAACCUUUGCUUGUUCUUUUUAUUCUGGUAUGUAAAAACUGGGUAGUUCAUACAUAGUUCAUACAGUCUUGACUUGAAAAACACAAAAAUAAAUUGAUAUGCAGACAUUC